GGUCGCUGGCAGCGCGGUCGGUGGCCGCGAUUUCCCGCCAUUGUGAGAAGUGGAGGUUGCGCCCGUCAAGCCUCCCCUGCCGCUGGCCAGCAGCUCUGAGGCGUUCGUCACCGCUGCAGCCUCUCCUGGCGGCCCGCGGCUCGCGACGCCCCGCGCGUGGGAGGGCGCAGACGAGCCCCCGAGGAGCAGCGGGCUUUCGAGCGCGCUCGGCCCACGGAGAAGCGCCGCACGGGCCGCGCUGGCCCCGGCUUUCAGCGCCAUGCCCUGUGGAGAAGACUGGCUGAGCCACCCGCUCGGGAUCGUGCAAGGCUUCUUCGCCCAAAAUGGAGUUAAUCCUGACUGGGAGAAGAAAGUUAUUGAAUACUUCAAGGAAAAACUGAAGGAAAAUAAUGCUCCUAAAUGGGUACCAUCAUUGAAUGAAGUUCCCCUUCAUUAUCUGAAACCUAACAGCUUUGUCAAGUUUCGUUGUAUGAUUCAGGAUAUGUUUGACCCUGAGUUUUACAUGGGAGUUUAUGAAACAGUUAACCAGAACACAAAAGCACGAGUUCUUCAUUUUGGAAAAUACAGGGAUGUAGCAGAAUGUGGGCCUCAACAGGAACUUGACUUAAGCUCUCCACGAUCUACCACUGCAGAAAGACAGACCUUCUACUGUGUUCCAGUGCCUGGGGAAUCUUCAUGGGUCAAAGAGGCCUAUGUCAAUGCAAACCAAGCUCGAGUCAGUCCCUCAACUUCCUAUACUCCCAGUCGGCACAAGAGGAGUUAUGAAGAUGAUGAAGAAAUGGACCUACAGCCCAGUAAACAGAAAGACCAACAUGCAGGUGCCCAGCAUGCAGGGGGCCUCGGUGGCCUUCACUGGUGCGGAGAACCAAAGCGCUUAGAAACUGAAGCUUCCACUGGGCAACAGCUGAACUCCUUGAACCUCUCUUCCCCAUUCGAUCUGAACUUCCCCCUGCCAGGAGAGAAGGGCCCUGCCUGCCUUGUUAAGGUCUAUGAAGAUUGGGAUUGCUUCAAAGUCAAUGAUGUUCUUGAGUUAUAUGGUGUGCUGUCUGUGGAUCCUGUCCUGAGCAUACUGAAUAAUGAAGAAAGGGAGGCGUCUGCAUUACUGGACCCCAUGGAGUGUACAGACAUGGCAGAAGAGCAGAGGGUGCAUAGUCCUCCAGCUUCAUUAGUGCCAAGGAUUCAUGUGAUUUUAGCCCAGAAGUUGCAGCACAUCAAUCCUUUGUUACCCACUUGCCUUAACAAGGAGGAGAGCAGAACCUGUAAGGUCGUGUCCGGCUUCAUGUCUGAGUUGUCUCCAGUCAGAGCAGAGCUGCUUGGAUUCCUCACACACGCGCUCUUGGGAGAUAGUUUGGCUGCUGAAUACCUGAUAUUGCAUCUCAUCUCAACAGUAUAUACAAGAAGAGAUGUUCUUCCACUAGGAAAAUUUACAGUUAACCUGAGUGGCUGCCCACAAAAUAGUACCUUCACAGAACACCUAUAUCGGAUCAUUCAACACCUUGUUCCAGCAUCUUUUCGUCUGCAGAUGACAAUAGAAAACAUGAACCAGUUGAAAUUCAUUCCCCACAAAGACUAUACAGCCAAUCGACUGGUCAGCGGGCUCCUGCAGCUGCCCAACAACACGUCCCUGGUCAUUGAUGAGACUCUUCUGGAGCAAGGGCAAUUGGAUACCUCAGGUGUUCAUAAUGUGACAGCGCUGAGCAACCUGAUAACCUGGCAGAAGGUGGAUUACGACUUCAGUUACCAUCAGAUGGAGUUUCCAUGCAAUAUCAACGUUCUCAUCACAUCUGAGGGGAGGUCGCUACUCCCGGCAGACUGCCAGAUUCACUUACAGCCCCAGCUGAUCCCGCCCAACAUGGAGGAGUAUAUGAACAGCCUUCUCUCAGCCGUGCUGCCGUCCGUGCUCAACAAGUUCCGCAUCUACCUGACCCUCUUGAGAUUUCUGGAUUACAACAUAUCAGAUGACAUAACCAAGGCAGUUGAAGAUGAUUUUGUGGAAAUGCGUAAAAAUGAUCCUCAGAGUAUCACAGCCGAUGACCUCCACCAGUUGCUCGUGGUGGCGCGGUUUCUGUCCCUGAGUGCUGGUCAGACAACACUAUCAAGAGAACGAUGGUUAAGAGCAAAGCAGCUGGAGUCUUCCAGGAAAAACAGGCUUCAGCAGCACAAGUGUGUGAAUGGGAAUGAACUUUAGAAGAGAAUGGGCAAGCUAUAGCCUCCGCUGUACAAUUCAGAUUCAUUUAUACCAUAUUGUUUUAUAGAUAAUUUGUAUCUAAAACAAUGACUUUUCCUGAAAUCAAGCCUGGUGACACCUAAAGUUGUUUAUAUGAUUCUCUGUAAGGACUUUUACCUUACUGGUUUUAUGGAGUUUUGGAGUUUGUUUUAUAAUUAGUUAUGAUGUACAAAAAUGUCUUUGAUAUUAAAGGUUUAAUUAUGAUGAUGUUGCUGAUCAUACCAUUUCCUUAGCCAUAGAUAGCUACAUCUUAGGCCAGACUCUUGAAGUACCAGCUUUACCUGAAGACAGUUACUGGAAGAGCUGUGCCCUCACUUUUCUCUCUGUGUUAAUGCAGAAUGGCUCUGGUCUGACUUUAGUUGGGAUGUACUUGGCAUUGAUUCUUGUGAACUCUCUGGUGUCAUUUCUACAUAAGCUGGCCAUAGAAACUUUCCCCCCACUUAUCAGCUGCUAAUAACCUGCAGAACUAGGCUUUCCCAUGGUAGGGGUUCCCAACCCUUAAUUUCAUGGACUAGUAAUACUUCCAGACAUCUCUGGGGUAGAGUUGCCAGUUAAUUUGCCAAGUCAUUUGAAAAAAAAAAAAAAACCUCACUGUGAUCACCAUUUUGUUUUCCUAAGAGGACUCUCAGAUAAGACUCUUUCCUUGGAAUAAAUGCAGCUUUGUGAAGGUCACCACAUUGUCCUUCGCUUUUCUCAUACGUUGCAUUUGGGAGGGAACUGUCAUUCUAAGGGACUCUGAAGGGAAUACUACCAUAUGGAACCUUACCCAAACACACACACAAAAACUAUUUAAACUGUAAACUUUGGAGGGUGGGUAGAAUCAUUAUUUAUUGUGCUGUGUAUUGAACUCUGGCCUCUCACACAUGCUGGAGAGGUGCUCUAUCACUAAGCUACAUCUUGUGGGGGUGGGCACUUUUAAUACUUUUUCAUUAUUUAGCCUAUUUGAUGACUGGAUUUUGAAUUUUUUUUCUUUUUUUCCGAGACAGGGUUUCUCUGUAUUGUUUUGGAGGCUGUCCUGGAACUCACUCUGUAGACCAGGCUAGCCUCAAACUCACAGAGAUCCGUCUGCCUCUGCCUCCCAAGUGCUGGGAUUAAAGGCGUGUGCCACCAACGCCCGGCUGGAUUUUGAGCUUUUAAUGUAAGUUUGUCAGUUUCCAAGUGUGUUAGAUGGGUAACAUCAUUUGCUAGUACAGUAAAGAAAGGCCCAUACAGUUAGAGGUAGGUUUUCUCGGACCUAUUCAUUUUGAUAUGCAUAUUUUCAAAUAAACAAAAGUUAUGCUUAUCAUUUGCAAAUUAAUAUAACAUAACCUUCAGAAAGGUUAGAACAUUGCUUUAGAGCUAUAUAUGAUGUACAUGAAAAUGAAUUAAUUUGGAAACAGAUGAGUUCAAUGGUCCCUUAAUUUUUUUUCCUACUAAAGAGGCUUACAUUGACAUUGCUAACCAAGGAAACAGGGUCAGCCUUGAUAAAUCAAGGAAUUAGCCUAAUGAAAGGAACUACAAAUUGCUAGUUGUUCAGCUUUCUUUUCCUAACCUCGAAUCUAUUUUUAUAAGCUAAUAUAAAUAUUGUUCAUAUUAGAAUUCUAACUGGUUUUCAUUUUUAUAACUGGUAGAUAAGAAAAUGUUCAUAGAUUUUUGAAAAUGCAUUUUCUUUGUCCUAGAACAAAGUUUUAGUUUAUCUUGUCAAACUGUACCUAUGUAAACUGUAAUUACCGAAGAGAAGUCAUAACUUUGCUUGAUCUUACAGAAAAGUUCCCUUGAGUAACCUUGUCCAUCAAAUAAUAAAACUUCCAAAUUAUCUGUA